AUGUCUUCAAAGCGUGAGUGGCAGGCCUCCUAUUUGGAGCGACUGGGGCGCAUAUCUGAGAAGGUGAAGGCUUUUGCCCAAGCUUAUCGGCCGGAUGCCAUCUUGAUUCAGGAGAACGCAGAUGCGAAGAAGAACGAGUUCGGCUACGAGGCUUUGCCAGCGAUGCUGGCACCACUGCAAGAGCAGGGCUACAUGAUCCUUCAGGAGGGAGAGUUUCUCACCGCUGUGCUGGAUCGCAGCGGAAGCUCUUUCACUUUGGAGCUGCCAGAGCUUCGCCGCAUGCAGGGCAAAGUUCACGCCGUGCGGAAUCCUUCGCUGAACGUGGUGAUCUUGAACGUGCAUCUGACUUUCGACCAACAUGGCACCGAAAACUCAAGGAAGACGCGACGGGACCUAGAAGUCCUCUGCGAACGUUACAACGAGAAAUUUCCCGGGACCUCCAUCAUCUUGGCUGGUGACACAAAUCGGGUACCUCAACUGGAUCGACUGGAUGGAGCUGCGGAGGCCAUCGAGCAGCUCAUCGAUGGACUCGGCACCCUGUACAUGCCCCCGGGCCCGACGAACGUGCGAUACGACAGCAAAACAGAAAGCAGCGAGUUCACCUAUGCAGAUUUUGAGACUGUGCGCUGGCGCCAGGAGAACGAAGUUGCGCGCUUCUGCGCCAACGCGCCCGGGCCGGCGGCCAACGAGUUGUCUGAGGCCCAGUUCUCGGAGCUGUGCGUGGAUGGCGUUGAGUGCUUCCCAGCUCUACGUCUUACGAAUUGCCGAGACAGUGAAGGGGCAUGGUUCUGGUACGGCCUCACGGCGGCCUUCGGCGUCGAUCGCGAGGGGCGGCCCAUCCACCUCCAGAAGGCUGGCUACGCCUCGCAGCGCUUUGCGGCUAUGUAUGCUUUUGCCGGCGACAAUGCUGGACACAAGCUCGUCUACGACGGCUACGUGCGAAUGCAGGAGCGGCUCCUCGGCCCAGCACCAGGCGACUGGCGGCACGACUUUCAGGCUUUCAGGCGCGUGGCACGGGAGCUGGCGCGGCGGAGGCAUGCCGCUCUGCUCUCUCGGAUGCUCGCUUUGAUUCGAAGAGACGGGCGGCUGACCCUUGGAGUACAGGAGUACAACCUGGCUGUCGGUGCCUGCGCGAGGGCGGGGCAGUGGCAGCUGGCGCUGCACUUGCACCGCUCGCUGUCGGACGCACAGCUAGCGGCUGACCGGGUUACCUACAAUGCCACCAUCGGCUCCUGCAGGAAGGAGGGGCAGUGGCAGUGGGGCCUACACCUCUUCCACAGCAUGGCGAAGGUGGACAUCGCCCCCAACGUCAUCACCUGCAAUUCCGCAAUGAGCGUGUGUGACAGGCAGGGCCAGUGGCAGCUGGCGGUGCAUUUCUUUCAGCUCUUCCCCCAACUUGGGCUGGUACCGGACAUCAUCAGCUUCACUGCGGCAAUUAGCUCCUGUGAGAAAGCGGGGCAGUGGCAAAGAGCGCUGCAGAUGUUUGGGGGCAUCUGCCAUGCCCAGCUUACUCCAGAUAUGAUCAGCUGCAACGCCGUCAUCACAUCCUCUGCCAAGUCUGGGCAAUGGCAGCUUGCCCUCCACCUCUUCAGCUGCAUGCCCCAAUAUCGCCUCUCACCUGACACGAUCAGCUGCAACGCCACCAUAAGUUCAUGCGAGAAGGGCGAGCAAUGGCAUGCAGCUAUGCGGCUGUUUGGUUCCAUGCCGCAGUGGCGGCUUUCCCCGGAUGUCGAAGCCUACACUGACACCAUGACUGCCUGUCAGAAGUCGACGCUGUGGCAGCUGGCUCUGGUGCUGUUUGACAACAUGUCCCAGGCCCUGAUUCUGCCAGACCUGAUCUGCUACAAUGCUACCAUGAACUGCUGCGCGCGGGGGGCGCAGUGGCAGCUGGCUCUGCACCUUUUCGAGGCCAUGACCUCGCAUGAGAACCCUCGAGGGGUUUAG